ACUGCUUGUGGUGCUAUUUUUUUUCCGCACGACGCGCAAGUGCAGGUUUCAGAUGUGAACCGUAAGAAGUAGAUCUUCUUGGUGUGACCUCGAAAUUACUUGUGGUUGCAACAGAUAUGACAGACACCAAUUGAAGCAACAAACUCUCGGAUUUUUGUCUACAUGUAGAAACAUCAGUAGAAGGCACAUUGCAGGAAGAGUAAAGGACACGAGACCAACAUCACCAUGGCGAAAGAUUACACGGCGUGUGCCACCGCAUGCCAGCUUUUGUCAAUGGUGGCAAUUCCAAUGCUCCUCUACUUCGGUAAUUUUGCAAUUUGUUUGUCUUGAUAUUAUUUGGUAAACGUAAAUAUUACGAAGAACUGCGCCGGUAUGCAAUGUGAAGGUCUUAAUUUUUGAACUUGAAAGGACGAUUAGCAAGUAUCGGGACCCGGCGGAGGUAUCGCUUGGAGACACGUGCAUGUCACCUUCGAUAUUCAAUGUGCUGCUUUGGGGCGGCCGUCCGUAACUAUAUUCAACCGUGAUCCGAAUGAGUAGAAGACGAUGCGAGGAUGAAACGAAAAAAAUCUUCAAUAGGUUACCUUGGCUAUUCCGAGUCGCGUUUAUUGGAGAUUCCAGUCGACAAAAAGCAAGGAGCUGCGUUCGGAUGCUGGGUAUUUUUCCUAUUCUCCUGUACGACUUCGAAUCCAUUGCUGUAGCCGACAGAAGACAAGAAAUAUAUGCACACCUUUUUGUUUAUUUACUGAUGCUGGACGCAAUAGCAAUUUUAUACGACGGAGAACCCAACAUGUUGCAUGAUGUAAAAUUAAGAAAGACCAUUAUUAGGUGGACCAGGGCCAAGUGAAGCUGAAUCUGAAACUCAUGGAGCCUGAUCAUUUUCGGCCGUAUCUAUUUCAGAUAGAGUAGCUGACAAUUCCAAUUGGAUUUGACUUUCGUCACACGAAAUCGCAAAAAUUUAGGGUGCCGCGGCAAUGUACUGCGUCACGUUGGUCUUAAGCAUCACCUACAAGCAAACAAGAACCCCCGAAUCGCUGGCGGAUCCGAAUGCCUACGUACUGCGGGGACAUGCGUAGAUUGCAAGAUGACGUGUGAGUCAUGAUGAAAACAUGCUCAGUUGUGCUUCAGACCGUCCUUGCACCGCUUUCUGCGUCUGCAGCUCUACCGACAUUCAUUCUUCUUCAGGCCUGCGUUGCGACUUCUCUGUCUUCUCCAGUCAUCUGCGCGACGUGUGUUUCAUCCUGUAUACAAGUGCUGUUUAUAGUUGCUGCUCCAGAUGAAGGACUCCUGCUCCGUUACGCUCUUGCAUUUUGUUCUUUUCUUCACAGCCACGUAGUUGCGCCGUGGCUGCUUAGGCUAAUUGGGUUCUCCGUCGUAGAAAAAUAGCUCUUCAACACCAGCACAGCUUGUAAACCAGAUUUUGUGUUUGACUCUCUCCAACUAACUCUAACAGAUCGCCGCCGGGAUGUACGCGGGUACUUACGUUUUGUGUCGCUCCUACAAACAAAGCCGAACUAACAAUUUCGAGCAGAGAGGACGUGGCGGUGGAAGUAGUAAUGCUUACUCUAUGGAACCGCUGUCCUGAGCGUCGAUCCACUUUUUCCGUUGUGCGGCGCGCACCUCGGAUUUUGCCAAAAAGACACCGGUCGUGAGGGAUUCUUGACGACAUUCAAAAUGUUGUUAUCGAGGCUGCCGCAGCUAGAGCUACUGACCGCGCCCGUCGCAACGUUGAUUAUUGGGAACGAAUGUUAUGAGAAGCAAUGCAGAUGAGGAGCGGCGCAUGGAAUGCUUUGAACACACGGAUUCGCUUUAUGUUGUUCUCUGUGAAGAUGAAAUUUUUUAGACCAGUUAUUUUGCCUGCCUUGUUUGACCUCUGCUCGAGCGUCGGUUCGAGUUCGAGCAAAAGCUGUUCUUACGUUGAAGGAGUGAUAUUUUAAGAUGUCAAAAAAUUGUCUCUGCAUGUGCAUCUGCAAG